AUGAACCGACAAUAUCCCGCUGGAUCCUCCAGCCCGGGACCCGACAAGCAUCUCUCUGUGUCCGGCUCGGGUUUAGUUGCCGACACCGCCAUGAGAAUGACCGUCUACGCUCUGGCUCUGGAACACAACCGGGAGACAGCCAUGCGAUAUCCGCAUCUCAGCUACAUACACCCAGAAGAGGGGAGGGCGAAGGCGUCGCGCGGGCGUGAGAAUUCGGGUCCUUUCGAGGUCCCGCUUUCGGCUUGGCCUUCGAGGGAGAUGCUGCUGUCUGUGGGCACUGGGUAUUCGCUGUAUACUUAG